CCGCUUUCUUGAACGUUUUUAAAAUUGUCUCUAUAUGUUCAGGAGUUCUCCAGCAUCAGAGUCUGCCAGUGAACCCUGGGCUUGUAGCCAUGUAGAAACUACAGAAAAAACAAGUGAAAAUUUUAACACCAAUGUUCAAAAUGUCACUGAGCAUAAUAAUAACCCUGAGAAUCCACUCAAUAAUUCAGAAGAAGAUAUCAAAAAGAAAUUGGAGAAUGAAAAAUUAUGGUCACCAAUGGAUAAAAAAGAGACAAUAUCGCCUGCAUGGGCAUUUGGUUAUAGCCAUUCAGUUCCCCUUAUUAACUUAAGCAAUGAUAAGUCGAGCGUCGUAUUCUUUGCGUCUGCUCACUUGCUGGUCUUAUAUGAUUUCAAAAAUGAAAGACAGAGGAUUUUGAGGGGACAUGUGAGAAUUCGUUUUGAAUACAUACUGAUAUAAUUUUUUUGAAAUAGUGCAAUGAAAUUACAAGCAUAGCAUGUAGUGGCGAUAAGCGCUGGUUGGCUUCUGGUGAUCGCGGCAUUGACAGUGUUGUCAUAAUUUGGGAUGGUAAAACUGGAGAAGCAGUACGUACAAUGCUGAAACCUCACAAAAAUGGCGUGGUAUCCAUCGCUCUUACCAAAGAUGCUCGUUAUUUGGCUACGUUAAGUGCUGAUCCUUCUGAUCAGAGUUUCGCUAUUUGGAACUGGACAACUGGAAGUGAUCUGCCACACUGCCAAGCAAAAAUAUGUGGGGAGAAUUCCUUUCAGACAAAAAUUACUUUCAAUCCUGAUGAUUAUUAUCAUCUCUGUACGAAUGGUGAUCAGCAAGUCAUCUUUUAUAACUGGGUACAUAUUAGUAUUUUAAUUUAUUUGUCUUAGAAAAGUAAAGAAAAAGAUAUGGUGGUCUACGCGCCUUCGCUUAAUGAUGAAGAUUUCAGACAGAAAAUUGGCCAGUUCUCCUACACACAGUACAUACCCGAGAAAUAUAACGCCAUAACUGCAACUUCAACGGGUCUUUUGGUUGUGUGGGAAGCUGAUAGGGAACCUGUUAAAGGAGAUAAUUCAGAAACACCUUAUAAACGGGCUACAAAAGUGAUACCAUUACACGAUAAGGCGAUUACCUUUCUGACAAUAACAACAUGUUAUCCAGCUGGAAAGUGUAUUGUCACAGGUGAUUCUAGUGGACAAGUGAAAUUCUUCGACUGUAACUUUAUGCUGUUAUUCUGGUAUCAAGAUAUUAAAUGUGGACCGAUCAACUGUGUUAGUUUUGCUACAACAAGCCUUUUCGAUGACUUUACAACUUCUAUCAAGCAAAAGGAUUAUCCUACUUGUGCAACAAUCAAUGGUGAAGCAUUUGUAGUUGAAGAUUUUAUAGUUAAUACAUCGAAUGCUGUUAUGAUUUCUGUAACAGUUGAAGGAGGAUUUAAAAAGUUACUUCUAAGAGAUCAUGAUUCAGAUGUCAAUGGGAUAAGUGCUCAUCCAAUACUGAACCAUGUCGCUGCUUGCAGUCACUCUGGCAAUUUGAAGAUAUAUGAUUAUGAAACUAAAUUGCUUGUUAAGUUGAAAUCUUUUGGUUCUGACAAUCCUAUUGAAACGUGUGCCUACGAUAAAAGUGGACAAUAUAUUGCUGUUGGUUUUGUUAGUGGACUGCUGCUUAUGUUAGAUGCACUGACGCUAAAUGAAGUGACAAAUGGAACAUUUGAUUAUGGUAAAGGUCCUAUUACUCACAUUGAUUUUUCAUACUGUCAUGGUUAUUGUGCAUUCGCUGAUUCUGCAUAUACUACAACUCUUCUACGUACUGGUUUUCGUGAAUUCGAAGAUCCAUGGUGUUAUGUUGCACGAGUUCGUGCUCAUUAUCGUCGUAUUACCGAUCUUUUAUUCUGGUCACUAACAGAGUCUAGAAGAUCUCGUUUAUUUACACUAAGUGAAGAUAGAACACUGGCUGAAUACGAUCCACACAGUGCCAAGAAGCAUUUAUUACCAGUUAUAGCACGUUAUCAAAUUGAACAAUUAGCUAUCCCAUUGUGUUUAAGCAUGUUACCACCGUAUUAUAAAGAAGAAUUCUUUUUUGUAUCGACUUCAACUUCUAAAAUGAAAUUGUAUAAUACAGCCACUUUAAUGUGUCGUAAAACGGUUAGUUCAUAUCCUCAAGGUAUCACAUACACUAAAGUUAUUCCCCUGAUUUCAAAGUCAAACGCUUCAAAUUACUUUAUGGUAUGCAUAUCAAAAGAACGUUUAGCCUUAACUAUGCUACCGUUGGACGGUGAUCCAUUGAAGUCAACAAAUAUUAUAGCACAUCCAAGUGAUGGCCGUGGGAUAGGAAAUUCUGUUGCACUAGCUAUUGAUAGAAACGGGGAUUAUGCAUUCACUGCUGGUGGUCCAGACACUUGUAUACACAUGUGGAGAUUAAAACCAAGUGUGCUGGAGGAAAUAGUAGCAAAAGCUGGUUGCAUGAAAGAGCGAUUCUAUGCUUUCCUGUCUCGUGACUUUUUGGAUGAAAUGAAAGACUACUUCUACUAUUCUAUGAUUAGAACGCAGGGCAUAGAUUGUUUGGAUAAGCGUGAAACAUCCCUAACAAUUCCAAUUACUGAAAUACCGUAUGUUAUGAGAGCGAUAGGCUUCUAUCCAACAGAAACAGAGAUUGAAAAUAUGAUCAAUGAAAUUAAAUAUUCGAAAUUUUGUGAUAUUGGAGAGUAUACAACAGAAGUUGAUUUAGAUACUUUUAUUCAAUUGUAUUGGAACCAUCGACCAUAUCAAGGUGUGCUUUACAAGGAUGUUGAGGCUGCUUUCAAUGUCUUAACAAAAGUGAAAGUCGAUGAAAACGGGCGAUUUGCUUCACUACGAAAUAUUCAUGAGGUGCCAAAAAAGAAUAAAGCAAGUGUACCAUUUGAAGAACUAAUUCUUGCCUUACAGAAUUCAGGUGAACCUAUCGGAGAGAAUGAAAUGUCCGAGUAUCUGGCCAUACUUUUAGGUAUUAUACCUGAAGGUGGUCGACUGGAAACUCAAGCAGAGAUUGAUCCUAAAAAGAUUCAGGAAAUAAUUGAACCCCUCAUGCCAGAAUUCUUAGACUUUGAAGCUUUUGUAAAGUGUGUUCUUCGAAUGUAUUUCUGUUGUAAAGAUAAGCAUUCGAGUAAUUCUGCAGAAGAUUCAUCUUUGGAAGUUCCACAAGGUCAAAAGGAAGCUCUUAUCAGUGAAACAACAGAACAUGAGGAACGUCUUUCAAGCGCAACACAAACAGAAUAG